GGGAAAAACUUCUCUAGCAGCUCAAACCUUUCUCAGCAUCAGAGAAUCCACACAGGGGAGAGGCUCUAUGAAUGCCGUGAGUGUGGGAAAACCUUCACUCCCAGAUCAGGCCUUUCUAAACAUCAGAGAAUCCACACAGGGGAGAGGCCUUACGAAUGCUGUGAGUGUGGGAAAACCUUCAUUUACAGAUCAGCCCUUUCUCAGCAUCAGAGAAUCCACACAGGGGAGAGGCCCUAUGAAUGCUGUGAAUGUGGGAAAACCUUCAUUUACAGAUCAGGCCUUUCUCAGCAUCAGAGAAUCCACACAGGGAAGAGGCCCUAUGAAUGCCGUGAGUGCGGGAAAACCUUCAAUCGCAGCUCAAACCUUAUUACUCAUCAGACAAUCCACACAGACGAGAGGCCCUAUGAAUGCAGUGAGUGUGGGAAAAGCUUCUCUAGCAGCUCAGCCCUUUCUCAGCAUCAGAGAAUCCACACAGGGGAGAGGCCCUAUGAAUGCAGUGAGUGUGGGAAAACCUUCAUUUACAAAUCAGGCCUUUCUCAGCAUCAGAGAAUCCACACAGGGAAGAGGCCCUACGAAUGCCGUGAGUGUGAAAAAACCUUCAUUUACAGAUCAGCCCUUUCUGUUCAUCAGAGAAUCCACACAGGGGAGAGGCCCUAUGAAUGCCGUGAGUGCGGGAAAACCUUCAAUCGCAGCUCAAACCUUAUUACUCAUCAGAGAAUCCACACAGAUGAGAGGCCCUAUGAAUGCAGUGAGUGUGGGAAAAGCUUCUCUAGCAGCUCAGCCCUUUCUAAACAUCAGAGAAUCCACACAGGGGAGAGGCCCUUUGAAUGCAGUGAGUGUGGGAAAAGCUUCACUCACAGCUCUCACCUUAAUGGGCAUCAGAGAAUCCACACAGGAGAGAGGCCCUAUGUAUGCCGUGAGUGUGGGAAAACUUUCAAUCACAGCUCGCACCUUCUUACCCAUCUCAGAACCCACACAGGGGAGAGGCCGUAUAAAUGCAGUGAUUGUGGGAAAAACUUCAUUUACCGCCAGCAGCUUAUUAGCCAUCAGAGAAUCCACACUGGUAUGAGACCCCAUGGAAGCAGUGAGUGUGGGAAAACCUUGUCUUGCCAUUGAGCCCAUGUGAGCCAUCAGAGAAUCUGCAAGGGGGAUCAACACCACAAACCCUCUAGGGCUAUCGAUACUUUCAUACUUUUCCUGAUUCCCACAGAGUAACUUUUAAAAGCUGUUUGAACUGCAUGAAGCACCGAUAUCCCUCAGCUUGGCCAGAUGAGUGGCCCAUUUUUUGCAUUUUGCAGUUUGACCUCUUUGAGGUGGACCCAUUUGUCCUUUCUAUCAACUCCAUUGUCCCAUGAGUAAUUUGAGUGUGUCCUUCCCAUAAGAAACAAGGGAGCAUCACAGUUAUACCAUUCCUCCUAUUGCAGUUAUGGUUAGAGUCACCAAUGAUACAUAUUGUAGCAUUGCCAAUUGUUCUCACGUUGCUCUGGGUUGUGCUGAAGAGCAGUUAUCAUGGGAACUUUUCAUAUUACAUUUAAAAGAGGAGGAGCAGGGGCAGGAAAAAAGUGUCAUUUCCGCUUCUGUGAUACUGGAAGGAGAUGUAAAAAGCGACAGAGUCCUGUGGCACCUUAUAGACUAAAAAAUGUUUUGGAGCAUAAGCAAUAUACCAAAACCUACAGGAUAACACUUCAGUCUCCCUGGACACACAAUCGCAGAUUUAAAAAUAGCCAUCCUGCAGCAAAAAAACUUCAGACCCAGACUUCAAAGAGAAACUGCUGAGUUUCAGUUUAUUUGCAAAUUUGACACCAUCAGCUCAGGAUUCAACAAAGACUGUGCCUGGCUCGCCAGCUACAGAGGCAGUUUCUCCUUCCUUGGUGUUCACACCUCCUCUGCUAUAAGAGCCUCAUCCUCCCUGAUUGAACUAACCUUGUUAUCUCUAGUCUGAUUCUCGCUUGCAUAUUUAUACACCCCUCUGGAAAUUUCCACUCCAUGCGUCUGACGAAGUGGGGAUUCAUCCACGAAAGCUUAUGCGCCAAUACGUCUGUUAGUCUACAGGGUGCCACAGGACUCUUUGUCACGUUGUACAGAUCUGGACUAACACAGCCACCCCUCUGAUACUUGAAAGGAGAUGGGGUGACUCAGAGAUUCCCUCCUUCCCCAUCACGGCAGAACUGUUACCUUUUGACUGAGCCAGGCAGAGUUUAUCGUCAUCACAUUCUACCCCU